CAAAUCGGAGGGAGAGGCCGGUGAAAACCGCCUUUGAAAGCGGUUUUAGAAAACAACUAACAAGAACGUGGAGAAAAAGAAAACAAGCGAGAAUUCCGAUCCCCAGUCCACCUCUUUAUUUUUUAUUAUAUAAACCCUUAACCCUACUACACCUUCUCGUAUCAUUUCCUCUCAAUUGAAUUUUCUUUUUCAACCAAACCAACCAUGUCUUGCUACAAGGGAAAGUACGCUGAUGAGCUUAUUGCGAAUGCUACCUACAUUGGUACGCCUGGGAAGGGUAUUCUUGCUGCUGAUGAGUCAACGGGCACUAUAGGAAAGCGUCUUUCCAGCAUCAAUGUUGAAAAUGUGGAGUCAAACAGGAGAGCUCUCCGUGAGCUUCUCUUCUGCACUCCUGGUGCCCUCCAAUACCUCAGUGGAAUCAUUCUCUUUGAGGAAACUCUUUACCAAAAGACUGCCGAUGGUAAGCUCUUUGUUGAUGUCAUGAAGGAGGCUAAUGUGCUCCCAGGUAUCAAAGUCGACAAGGGUACAGUCGAGCUAGCCGGAACCAACGGUGAGACCACCACCCAAGGUCUAGACGGUCUUGCCCAGCGAUGUGCCAAGUACUAUGAAGCAGGUGCGAGGUUCGCCAAGUGGCGUGCCGUCCUAAAGAUCGGCCCAAACGAGCCAUCUCAGCUAGCUAUCAAUGAAAAUGCCAACGGCUUGGCUCGAUAUGCCAUCAUAUGCCAAGAGAACGGGCUCGUCCCCAUUGUCGAGCCUGAGAUCCUUGUUGACGGACCCCAUGACAUCAACAAGUGUGCUGAUGUAACCGAACGAGUUCUAGCUGCGUGCUACAAGGCUCUUAACGACCACCACGUCCUUCUUGAGGGUACCCUUUUGAAACCCAACAUGGUCACUCCUGGAUCCGACUCCAACAAGGUUGCACCUCAAGUGGUGGCCGAGUACACCGUCCGUGCCCUCCAACGAACCAUGCCUGCAGCGGUCCCAGCAGUGGUGUUCUUGUCAGGGGGUCAAAGUGAGGAGGAAGCCACGGUGCACCUGAAUGCUAUCAACCAGUACCAGGGUAAGAAGCCGUGGAGCUUAACCUUCUCGUUCGGGCGCGCCCUGCAACAGAGCACCCUCAAGGCAUGGGGCGGGAAAGAAGAGAAUGUGAACAAGGCUCAGGAGGCGUUCCUUACUCGGUGCAAGGCCAACUCUGAGGCCACACUUGGGAAGUACCAGGGCGGUGCUGCAGUUGAGGGUGCUACUGAGAGCCUUCAUGUUAAGGACUACAAGUACUAAUUUCUUUCAAACUAUGGGGAAUGUUUACUUUUGUGUUUGUUUAGUAGCUAGCUAUCAAUGGCUAAAAAUAAGCCUGAGAACAUCAGGUACUGACUGGUUUGAGGUUGAUGUUGUCCUGACCAGUUUUGAAACUUUUUUGUUUUCUUCUAUUCUAUGAUCAAUAUAUCUUCUUGUUCAUUAUGAUU